ACGGUCGAAGAUGGCGGCUCGGCGGAGCCAGCUCUCCCCCAGCGCCUCGGACCCCGGCCCGAGCUCCACCCCAACUCCGACCCCGGUCCCGGCCCCGGCUCCGGCCUCUGACAGGCCUGACUCACCAGGGUUCACCGGCGGCAACGCCACCUCCCCGGCUCCCGGGGCAGCGGUGCCGCCGCCACCAGCAACAGGAGGAGGAGGGGUGGUGGUGAGUGACUCGGGCCGAGAGCUGUUCGAGGCCUGCAGAAACGGCGACGUUUUGCGGGUGAAGCGACUGGUCGAUUCGGGCAAUGUGAACGCCAAGGACAUGGCCGGCAGGAAAUCCACGCCGCUGCACUUCGCCGCAGGAUUUGGCAGGAAAGAUGUUGUAGAGCAUCUCUUACAAAAUGGUGCAAAUGUUCACGCACGGGAUGAUGGUGGUCUGAUUCCACUUCAUAACGCCUGUUCGUUUGGGCACGCAGAAGUGGUCAGUUUGCUGCUGUGCCAUGGGGCAGAUUCAAAUGCUCGAGACAACUGGAAUUAUACUCCCUUACAUGAAGCAGCAAUCAAAGGAAAGAUUGAUGUCUGUAUUGUUCUCCUGCAGCAUGGAGCUGAUUCCAACAUUCGGAACACCGAUGGAAAGACAGCUCAAGACUUGGCAGAUCCAUCAGCAAAAGCUGUAUUGACAGGUGAAUACAAGAAAGACGAACUUCUUGAAGCAGCGAGAAGCGGUAAUGAAGAAAAGCUCAUGGCAUUGCUUACUCCAUUAAAUGUAAACUGUCAUGCAAGUGAUGGAAGAAAGACUGCAGAACCACACCCCAUCAGUCUACGAUGUAGAAAUGGAAAUAUGUCUACUCCUCUGCACCUGGCUGCUGGUUACAAUCGUGUCCGGAUUGUUCAACUCCUUCUCCAGCAUGGGGCUGAUGUACAUGCAAAAGAUAAAGGUGGCCUUGUUCCCCUUCAUAAUGCUUGUUCAUAUGGCCAUUACGAAGUCACUGAACUUCUGCUUAAGCAUGGAGCCUGUGUAAAUGCCAUGGAUCUCUGGCAGUUCACGCCACUACAUGAAGCUGCAUCCAAGAACAGAGUGGAAGUAUGUUCACUUCUAUUAAGCCAUGGUGCAGAUCCCACUCUAGUUAACUGCCAUGGUAAAAGUGCCAUGGAUAUGGCUCCCACUCCAGAGUUAAAAGAGAGGCUUGCUUAUGAAUUUAAAGGUCAUUCAUUACUACAAGCUGCAAAAGAAGCAGAUUUGACAAAAGUGAAAAAGAGUCUUGCUUUGGAGAUCAUAAACUUCAAACAUCCGCAGACACAUGAAACUCCAUUGCAUUGUGCUGUGGCUUCACAACAUCCCAAACGCAAGCAAGUAACAGAACUCCUUCUAAGAAAGGGAGCAAAUGUCAAUGAAAAAAAUAAAGAUUUUCUUACACCACUGCAUGUGGCUGCAGAAAGAGCACACAAUGAUGUGGUGGAGGUCCUUCACAAGCAUGGAGCUAAGAUCAAUGCUUUGGACACUCUUGGUCAAGCAGCUUUACACAGAGCAGCUCAUGGUGGUCACCUACAGACAUGUCGUCUCUUGCUAAGUUAUGGCAGUGAUCCUUCCAUCUUGUCCCUUCAAGGCUUUACAGCUGCGCAAAUGGGGAAUGAAUCUGUGCAGCAGAUACUUAACGAGAACGUCCCCUUACACAACUCUGAUGUUGAUUAUCGACUUUUGGAGGCAGCAAAGGCUGGCGACUUGGAAACUGUGAAGCAAUUGUGCACAACCCAGAAUGUGAACUGCAGGGAUCUCGAAGGACGGCACUCCACUCCAUUACAUUUUGCAGCAGGUUACAAUCGGGUGGCUGUUGUGGAGUAUCUCCUUCAUCAUGGAGCUGAUGUACAUGCCAAAGACAAAGGGGGUUUAGUGCCCUUGCACAAUGCUUGUUCGUAUGGACAUUAUGAAGUUGCAGAACUGCUGGUGAGGCAUGGUGCAUCAGUGAAUGUUGCUGACCUAUGGAAGUUCACACCUUUGCAUGAAGCAGCAGCUAAAGGCAAAUAUGAGAUUUGUAAACUGCUGUUAAAGCAUGGAGCUGAUCCAACAAAGAAGAAUAGAGAUGGGAACACACCUCUGGAUCUUGUGAAAGAAGGCGACACAGAUAUUCAGGAUUUACUUCGAGGCGAUGCUGCUCUGCUUGAUGCUGCUAAGAAAGGCUGCCUAGCCAGAGUUCAGAAACUGUGUACCCCAGAGAACAUAAAUUGCAGAGAUACUCAAGGAAGGAACUCAACACCACUUCAUCUUGCAGCUGGCUACAAUAACCUUGAAGUUGCUGAUUAUCUUCUCGAGCAUGGUGCAGAUGUUAACGCACAAGAUAAAGGAGGCUUGAUUCCUCUUCAUAAUGCAGCAUCCUAUGGGCAUGUGGAUAUUGCAGCCCUUCUGAUCAAAUACAACACCUGUGUCAACGCAACUGACAAAUGGGCCUUCACUCCAUUGCAUGAAGCAGCACAGAAAGGAAGGACACAACUCUGUGCUCUGCUGCUGGCUCAUGGGGCAGACCCUACCAUGAAGAACCAGGAAGGCCAGACUCCUUUGGAUUUGGCUACAGCUGAUGAUAUCAGGGCCUUGCUUAUUGAUGCUAUGCCACCCGAAGCCCUUCCUAGUUGUUAUAAACCUCAGGCAACUGUUGUUAGUGCAGCAGUGAUCUCUCCAGCCUCGACUCCCUCUUGUUUGUCUGCUGCUAGUAGUGUAGAUAACCUGACUGGCCCACUCGCAGAGCUAGCUGUUAAUGGUGCCUCCGGUGCAGCUGAUGGAGCUACAGGCAAUGAAAGAAAAGAAGGGGAAGUUACUGUGCUUGACAUGAACAUAAAUCAGUUCCUUAAGAGUCUAGGCUUGGAACACUUGCGGGAUAUAUUUGAAAGGGAACAGAUCACGUUGGAUGUGCUUGCAGACAUGGGACAUGAAGAGCUGAAAGAAAUUGGAAUUAAUGCCUAUGGGCACCGUCACAAAUUAAUCAAGGGUGUUGAACGGCUGCUUGGGGGACAGCAAGGUGCAAAUCCUUAUCUGACUUUCCAUUGUGCUAGCCAAGGAACCAUUCUCAUUGACCUUGCACCAGAUGACAAGGAGUACCAGUCUGUGGAAGAGGAGAUGCAAAGCACAAUCCGUGAACACAGAGAUGGUGGGACAGCAGGUGGAGUUUUUAACAGAUAUAAUAUCAUUAAAAUUCAAAAAGUUGUGAACAAGAAACUACGGGAGCGAUUCGUUCACCGGCAGAAGGAGGUAGCAGAAGAAAAUCAUAAUCACCACAAUGAGCGAAUGCUCUUUCAUGGUUCUCCAUUCAUCAAUGCAAUAAUUUACAAAGGAUUUGAUGAAAGACAUGCUUACAUUGGUGGGAUGUUUGGUGCAGGAAUUUAUUUUGCUGAAAAUUCCUCUAAAAGUAAUCAGUACGUCUAUGGCAUAGGUGGAGGUACUGGAUGCCCAACCCAUAAAGACAGGUCAUGCUACAUAUGCCACAGACAAAUGCUCUUCUGUAGAGUUACACUCGGGAAGUCAUUCCUACAGUUCAGUGCAAUGAAGAUGGCUCAUGCCCCUCCAGGACAUCAUUCUGUGAUUGGGAGGCCCAGUGUCAAUGGACUUGCCUAUGCAGAGUAUGUCAUCUAUAGAGGAGAACAGGCAUAUCCAGAAUACCUCAUCACGUACCAGAUCUUAAAGCCAGAAAGUCCGUCACAGCAGAUAACAACAAAUGAACAGAAGUCAUAGUUCAAGUCAAACCUUGGCACCAAAGUGAACUUGGACCUAAGGCUUGUGAGAAGAAUGCCUUUCUAUGUGACUGUUACAAUAUUUAUUUGAGAGAAACUUUUACAAUAAAACUGGUAUUUCAGUUUAUGAUUCUUCCCCUCAAAAACAAUGUUGAUUUCACCACCAGAUCCCAUAGCUGUGUGUUGUAAAUUGUCCUUUCCUCUGAAAGAAUGCUUCUUAUUAGCUUUGGUCUACAUUGGAUUUACUUUUUGCACCUUUUGUCCCUCGCACCUCAUUUUACAAAUGUACUGGUGUUGCUAAAGUGCUGUUGGAUGGGAACUUUGUUGAAUGGCUAAAUAACCUUGAUCGCUGUAGUUACCGCCGGUGGUAAUUCCAAUCUUGGAAGAGUUUGUCAUAACCAACAUUGGCAUUGAACUGUCUCUUUAAGCUAAUCAGUGUAUCUAACAAAAACUGCAGUGGUUGUAUACCCCAGCAAAAAAGUGGUCUGUACAAUAGACUCAAGUUGCUUAAUGUGGGGCAAUUAUUAAAAAUUCUGUAAACUGGUGAUACUGCAGUUUCAGUUAAGAUCAGUGAUGCAAAACUCAAUAGCUCACAACGAUGUGUAAUCAACAUGCAAAUGAGCAUCUAAGUCAUGCGUUCUUACAAGGCAGGUAAUUUGCAUGGAUGUAGCAUCUUACAAUAUCAGUUUGGUUUUCCUACCUUAUUCCAUUAGUUCUGAUGGUUUUCAUUAUUCAUUGAAGUUUUACACUUUCACAUGACCGGAAUUUAAUUUUUGACAUUUGUGUAUAGUUUACACAAGAAUAUAAAUAUAAAUGUUUUGUAGCUUUUUAAAGAUGUGGUUAAUGGUUAUGUGUUGGGUAUGAAGUAAAGUUCUUGGCAGCUAACUGGUAUUAUCCAGGCACUGCGAGAAGUAGUCCUAACAUUUGCUGUGCUGUGUAGACAAAAUGAAAUAAAUUUCAAACAGGUAUGGAUUGAUGCUUUUCAUUAUGGUUGCUAGUGCUCAUUGAUAUGGUGAUGUGGACAAAAGCUAGCUUGAAGUUUUCGUAUGCAACCUAGUUGAGGAGUGUUGGAUACUUAGAAAUGGCAAAGUGUAACUUCCUUUACAAAGCUUGCUGAACCAUGCAGCUCUGGCUUACAAAUAUGGUUAUGGAUCAUUGUGUGGAACCAACCUAUAAUUUACACUGGGAUUUUGAUUCAGAUGAUGAUACCCACAAGUAUGAAAUCAGAAAGAGUUUAUGGAUGGCCUUGGGGUCCAGUCAUUAAAUUGAAAUUUUGAACUACAACGUUCUAGCAUUUUUCAGAAUAUUCAUCCAAAAUUGAAUUCAUGUUUAAGAACUAUGCUGAAAUUUGUCUAGUUUUAAAGCUAUUAUAAAGUCAUAGCAGAAUAAUUGUGUGACUUUGGCAUAAUAGAACUUAUUCAGCUCUAAAGUCAAGCUAAAAGUUGUAUAAUAUAUAAUUUUUAUUUAAAUGAUUACUAUUUUCUUGAGUGUGCAAAUUAUCCCUGACACGAAAUAUGCAUUAGCAGAUCCAGUCAUAGUAUCCACAUUUGGAUUCUGACUGACAGCAUAUCUGUGUCCUCAAUUAGACUUAAUAUCCCACUGCAUUAUGGACCUGUUCAGAAGGAACUGAUCAGAUAUUG